GGAGCUUGUUGUUAAGCAUUCCCUGAGGCCAUACAACACACUUCCCCUUUUCUUUCCUUUCCAUUUCCUUUACUCUCUCUCCCUUACUAUCAUCAUGUCAAACACUUCCAACAACCUGUCCAACGAAGAACUCCUAGCCUCCAAUGCUGCUCUCAAGGCGCAAGUUGAGUACUUGGCCAAGCAAGUUGCCCAACUCACUAAGCUCAAGAUGAGCAUGGUGAAUACCCUGGAGGAAAGUGAAGAAGACGAAGAAGUUCGCCCCGAAGCUAACUCUAGUAACACCACUAGAGAGGAGAAUCAUGAACGAGGAGCUACCGAUUUCAAGGUGGACAUACCAACCUUUGAAGGGAAGAACGGUUCGGAUGACUUUCUAGAGUGGCUGGAAACUGUUGAGCGUGUCUUUGACUUCAAAGAUGUGCCCGAAGAAAAAAAGGUCAAGAUCGUGGCAUUGAAGUUUCGGAAGGAUUGUGGAGGAUUUGUUUUGGCUUUAUUUGGAAGCUGCGUUUCAGCCAUUAGGAAAAGAAUAAGGAGGUGAUUAGGAUUGGUUUUUUAGUAAAGAAAAAGGACAAAGGGGUUUAUUCAAUAAAAGGUAGAAAACAAGAAAUUUGGGUGGAUUAU